UUUUCAAACCAAUACGUUUCGGUUUCGGUUUCGGUGAUUUCAAGCCGCGACGAGAUCUGCUGGUUAUAUUGGCAUAAUAAUUAAAAAGUGGAAUAUCCAUAGGAUAGACUGCCAACAUAUAAACACGACGAGGAUGCAGAAGCCACAUCAUGGUCUGUGCUGGAUGUUGCUUCUACUGGCAUCGCUGAUCGCUACUUUUAUGCUGGCCUUCAGCUACUGGAUGUUUGUGCCGCGCGAGGAGUCACUGUGGUCUAUGAUAUCGAACAACUACAGUGGCGGAUCUGGAAUAAAGUACUCCCUGCCGCCGGCAGCAGUACCUGAGGAACUUAAACUUCGGCAGAGGCCGCCAUUCGUCUACCAGAUAUUACAUUGAGAGUAGAAGU